CAAGAAAUUUUUGGCAUCCCUAGUGCUUAUACCCAUGGAUGGGUAAUUUAUUCUUCCCGUGCUGGAUUGCUGAUAUAAAAGUCCAUCCAUAGGAAGGUUAGAACUUUUGAAAAGAUGCAAACAAUUCGUUCUUCUUUAUUGAAAAGAGCCUGGAAUGUUCCGGCCGUUUUGGGAUGUCGCGGCAAACAUACACUUCCGAACCUUCCGUACGAUUUCGGUGCUCUUGAACCUGUCAUUUGCCGUGAAAUCAUGGAGCUCCAUCACCAAAAGCAUCACAAUGCUUAUGUCACUAAUUUGAAUGCAGCUGAAGAGCAACUCCAGGAGGCUGUGGCAAAAAAUAAUGCAUCAAAGAUUAUUCAACUUGGCGGUGCUAUCAAAUUUAAUGGCGGAGGUCAUAUUAACCAUUCCAUUUUCUGGAAUAACCUGUCCCCAGAUCGAUCAGAUCCAUCGGCGGAGUUAAAAAAGGCUUUAGAGCGAGAUUUGGGAGGAUUGGAUAACUUCAAGAAAGAGAUGAAGGCGGCUGCUGUGGCAGUUCAAGGUUCUGGUUGGGCUUGGCUCGGUUAUAAUAAGAAAACAAAGACUCUACAGAUUGCUGCUUGUGCUAAUCAGGAUCCACUGGAAGCAACUACUGGUUUGGUGCCUUUGCUGGGAAUCGAUGUUUGGGAGCAUGCAUAUUAUUUACAGUAUAAAAAUCUGCGUCCGAAUUAUGUCGAUGCCAUUUGGGACGUAGUCAACUGGAAAGACAUUUCGGAGCGUCUAGCAAAAGCACAAUAAAUGCAUGUGCUUGGGAACGAAUCUGUAGUACUAGUACUUUAAUAUGACUUUAAAAAAUGAUUUCUGUACUAAUGAUCUAAUCUAAAAUACAUUUUGUUAUUGGCUCAUAA